UUUUUUUUUUUUUUUGCAGUCCUCUUUCGGGGCCGCCGGGCACAAUUUCCUGUCAGGAUCGCCUCCGUCAUGGCCAGCCAGUCUCAGGGCAUCCAGCAGCUGCUUCAGGCCGAGAAACGCGCCGCCGAGAAGGUGGCCGAGGCCCGCAAGCGGAAGAAUCGGCGACUGAAGCAGGCCAAGGAAGAAGCUCAGGCUGAGAUCGAACAGUAUCGCUUGCAGAGGGAGAAGGACUUCAAAGCAAAAGAGGCUGCUGCACUUGGCUCCCACGGCAGUUCCGCCACUGUGGUGGAACAAGGAACCCAGGAGAAGAUGGGCAUUCUUCAGGAGAACUUCCAAAAGAAUCGGGAGGAAGUGAUGGACAGUUUGCUGGAUUUGAUCUUUGACAUCAAGCCUCAAAUCCAUUCGAACUAUCGGAUCAACGGAUAGACAGAAUCUUUGGUCCUUCAGGAAAUAUUCAGCAAAUACCAGCUUUAGCUGCACCCCUUUUGAUAAAGGUGCAUUACUUAAUUCCCAAGAGGUGUAGAUUAUCUCUUUCUCUUUUCUCACCCCUUUUUUCAUCGAGGUUUCUUGUCUUCCCCCCUUUUGUAGCAUUUUUGAAGUUUCUAUGUAGGCUGGUUCUGUGUCCCCAAAGUGCAUUAUAUCAUAGAUGUCUAGCGUAGAAGAUUGAUGUUGGAUAAAUCGUACUGAGUAUUAAAGGAUCGCUUUCACCCCAAGAAGUAUUUACUGACAAGAAGUCAGUAAAGAUAAGUGCCCGGAUACUUUUCUCUAUCCUUAAAGUGCAAACUGUGUGAUUUAGGUGCUCUGAUACAAAUAAAAUCUGUUUCUUGUCUUCACUCAGAGUUUAAAAAACCCAGGAAUUUUGUUUGCAGAAUGGAUUGUAUCUGAAAAUGUUUAAAAUGUUAUUUAAAUAAUAACUGUGUAUUCUCCUGUUGAACUUGAACAAGGCGUUGCUGUUAAGGUGCUUGAAGAAAAAGUAAACAUCUGAUCUGAGUUGUUAAAGAAAUUAAAACCUUUUUUCUCCUUUC